AUGGUGGAACACACACUCGAGCACCCUUCUAUUGGCUCCAUUAAGGGCAUCAGGAAGACUCCUGGGGUCGUUCAAUACCUGGGAAUUCAAUAUGGAAGUUUAAAGAACCGAUUCUCGCGGGCGCAGUUGGUAGUAAAUCCACCAGCUGAUCACAUUUGUCGGUCCAGAAAUGUUAUUGAUGCAACGAGAAAAGGGCCAAGUCACUUGCUCCCCCCUGAUGCUUGUGAGGACCAUCAGAAGACAAUAGUCCAGAAAAACCUGCCCAUUGAAGAAUGGGAACAAUCUGAUACCGAAGGCCUGACACUCAAUGUGAGUGUACCAAUAGAUGGUCCGAAGAGCCUCCCAGUCUUCGUGUUCGUCCCUGGUGGAGGCUUCACAAGUGGCAGCAGCAACUAUCCAGAAUAUGAUUUGGCCAACAUCACGGACUUGGGUGUCCAGGCAAAUAUGCCUAUGGUCUCCGUCGGGGUGAAUUAUCGUAUUGGGGCUCCAGGGUUUAUGUACUCGUCAGCCUUGCGAGAUCAAGGUUAUCUGCCAAACAACGGAUUGGCCGACCAAAGACUGGCAUUUACUUGGAUCAAGCAUAACAUUUCCGGCUUUGGUGGCGACCCUGAUCGCGUGACAUUCGUGGGUGAGAGCGCAGGAGCAGUCUCGGGAUGGUUCCACUUACAAUCGCCCGAGCCACUUUUCCAUCAAUUGGUCGCCCUGAGCGGCUCCUCGUUCUUGAAACCAAGACCACUUGCAUUGCUUGAGAAAGGCUUCACCCUAGGAGCGGCGGAACUUGGUGCUGCAACUGCAUCCCCAGAAGAGCAAGUGAGGAAGCUCGCUGAGGCACCUAAAGAUGAAUUCAUUUCGAAACUCGGCAGGAAAAUCCCAGUUGGACCAUUCGAAGACGGCGACCUUGUCCGAACGCCCCCGACGUUUGCGGAUAUCAAUGGCGAGGAAAGGAACAUGACGAAACUCUUCCCUGGCCUACGGCGUUGCAAGAGGGUCAUCACGGGCGAUUGUCAGAUGGAUGGACUUGGGUUUCAUUCACGAUUGGCGCCUCGAACAGACAUUUUGCCCCAGACUUUGGCAGAGUGUCUGCACAGCGUCUUUGACCCCAUCGACACGAAUAUUGCACCUGCCAUUGCAUCUGCUUACGGACUUGACGUCAACGCCAGGAUUAAUUCCCUGGAAAGUACCAAGCCCUGUCUGGACUUUGCCGCAGACGUGUUGUUUGCACUUCCAACACGCUACUUGACGCGAGCUCUUGCGGCUGCUGAUGACAGCAACAACAAGGUCUACCUCUGCCACUUCAAUUGUCCAAAUCCCUGGGAUGGCCCAUGGAAAGGCCAUGCCACACAUGCACUUGACAUAAUAUUUGCGCUGCAGAAUUAUCGAGGUUAUCUUUCAGCAGGACAGCAGCAGUGCUCUGAGAGGCUUGCGAAGGACUUGAUUGCUUUUGUCAAUGGUGAAGAACCUUGGCCAGCAUACGAUCGGCACCGCCCGGGGUCAAUGGUUUAUUUCGCCUCGAUGGAGGCCGAGCGGGACGCUUCAGAAUACAUACGAACCCUGGAUCCGGCGAAGACAGGGAGGAAAACUGACCUUGUGGACCUUGUCGGCGAAGAGUCUCUGGACAAGCUGGUGCAAGCAUGCCAAAUGUUCCUCGUGGGCCCAUUGGUCAAGUGA